GAUGUUUGAAGAGUAUAUGACAGAGCGUAACCCAACAAUUACUAGUAAUGCACUACAAUUAGUGAAAGACCAACAAUUUGCAGAAUGGUGUAAAGAUUAUGUGAGUUUCAUAAAAUUAACAAGGCUACCGAAUCAUAUGAAUUUCCUAUGUGGAUGUUUGAUUUUGUUCAAGGUCCGAGAAGAAAUUAUACAUCUUGACCUAUAUACUUGUCACGAGGAUACCGCUUUCACACGCAUGCCCAUGGCCAAAAUAAGAAAACUCAACAUUACAGGAACCACUGAUGCUGAUUAUUACGGGCUCAUUGAAGAUAAUAUGAUGAUUGAGUAUCAUGGUGCCGUUGGGCUCAAAGCCAUGAUUUUCAAAUGCAAGUGGUUCAACACUACAGAAGGCCGUGGAUUUCGCAAACAUCCU